AUGGCUUCCUCUACUUCCCUUUCUCUCACUCCCUCUUCUCACCUUCAAUUACCGUUAUUUUCUUCUUCUUCUUCUUCUUCUAUCUCUUCACGCCUUAAUCCCCUUCCUUCAUUUUCCUCCCAUUCCGGAAUCACCCACAAACCCCUUCACCUUCACCUUCAAAACCCUCUUCUUUUUCCCAAAAUUCGCUCUCUGCUUCAACAAACCAGAGCUACACCAGUUAACAAAGACCUGUGGGAUAACUCGAUUCUGAAAAGUGAGACUCCAGUCCUCGUUGAAUUCUAUGCAAAUUGGUGUGGCCCGUGCAGGAUGGUACACCGAGUCAUUGACGAGGUUGCAACAGAGUAUGCUGGAAGACUCAAGUGCUUUGUACUCAACACAGACGCUGAUAUGCAAAUUGCUGAAGAGUAUGAUAUUAAGGCUGUACCAGUGGUUUUAUUGUUUAAAAAUGGAAAGAAAUUUGAUGCUGUAGUUGGCACCAUGCCAAAGGAGUUUUAUGUGUCUGCAAUCGAGAGGAUGCUCAAUUGA